AUGUCUGAUGACAGUGAUGAGAAGCCCCCAUGUAAACAAAUAACCACUUUGCAUACGUAUAAAACUGAUUUUAACGCAGAUUCGGUGGAGUGGUGCCCCCACGAGCCACACCAGAACGUUUUUGUGUGUGCUAAUUAUCAAUUAAAAGAAUCUAAGGAUGAUACUAAUGCGCCUCGUGAGCGUUUCGGUUGCAUUUUACUAUUUUCCGUGAGUUUAGAGGAGUUGCGGCUGCUUCAAACCCUUCCAACAGCGGCUAUCCUUGACCAAAAAUGGUGCCACAAUCCUGUUAAUGGUUGUUCGAUUUUGGGGGUCGCAAACGCGCAAAAAACUAUAGAAAUUUAUGCUUUAAACGCAAACACGGUUCAGUUAGACUUGAUUACAAGUUACCAACUAGAGGAUGAUGAUAGUGAAACUCUUGUAUUGUCUCUAGAUUGGUCAACAGGUAAAUAUGAGUCAAGUGAGCCUGAACUUGUUUGUAGCGACUCCAAGGGUAAAAUUCAUAGGUUUAAAUUUACAAACAACGAGUUAGUAAGAGACGGGAGUUGGAAUGGACACGACUUUGAGGCCUGGAUUGCCGCAUUUUAUUACUGGGAACCCAAUAUUUUCUUCAGUGGUGGAGACGACUGCGUUUUUUUAAAAUUUGACAAAAGAGCGGGAUUAGAACCGGUUUCUAGAAACAGGAACCAUGAAGCGGGGGUUACUUCAAUUCAUUCUAAUUCCAAACGCGAAUACGUUUUAGCAACUGGAAGUUAUGACACUCAAGUUAGAUUGUGGGAUAUCCGGUUUUUAAAAAAUUGUACAAGUUGUAUAAAAACACCUGGUACUUUGUGGCGGCUCAAAUGGGACCCAUUUUACCAUAAACAUUUAUUGGCAGCUUGCAUGUUAGGCGGUGUCCACAUUAUUAAAUCAAACAACCCAGAAUGUUUAGAAAUAGUAGACAGCUACUACAAACACGAAAAUAUUUCAUAUGGUGCUGAUUGGAGCUUUUCACCCAUAAAUUCCAAGGAACAAGCUCUCAUAGCAACUUGUUCCUUUUACGACAAUCUCUUAUGUGUUUCACAAGUGGGGUUAAACAAUCAAUAGACUCAAAAUCGUUCCAACUUAUUUUAUUGUAUUAUAUGUACAAUAAACUUAUGAACUAGCUGUA